AUGGGAGAAUCGAAAGGAUUCCCAAUGGCUUUGGGGCUAUUGUGCAUGCUUCUCUUCUUCACUGCUUCCUUUACCUCUCUCAUCGUUCGCGCUUCUGAUGACGCUGACGACGCGAUCUUCUACGAGUCGUUCGACGAGGAUUUUGAUGGACGAUGGAUUGUAUCCGGCAAGGAGGAUUACAAAGGUGUCUGGAAACAUGCUAAGAGUGAUGGACAUGAUGAUUAUGGACUUCUUGUUAGUGAACAAGCCAGGAAAUAUGCUAUAGUCAAAGAACUUGAUGAGCCUGUCAGUCUUAAGGAUGGAACAGUUGUUCUUCAGUUUGAGACUCGCUUCCAAAAUGGCUUGGAAUGUGGUGGUGCAUAUAUUAAAUAUCUUCGACCCCAGGAGAGUGGAUGGAAGCCAAAGGAAUUUGACAACGAAUCUCCAUAUUCUAUCAUGUUUGGUCCUGAUAAGUGUGGUGCUACAAACAAGGUGCACUUCAUUUUCAAGCAUAAUAAUCCAAAGAAUGGGGAGUACGUUGAACAUCAUCUCAAGUAUUCGCCUUCUGUCCCAUCCGACAAACUAUCUCAUGUUUACACUGCAAUUCUGAAGCCUAAUAAUGAUUUGCAAGUAUUGGUUGAUGGUGAGGAGAAGAAAAAGGCAAAUUUCUUAUCUUCUGAGGAUUUUGACCCUCCUCUUCUCCCUGCCAAGACAAUCCCUGAUCCUGAUGAUAAGAAACCUGAGGACUGGGACGAAAGAGCCAAGAUUCCAGACCCAAGUGCUGUGAAACCAGAUGACUGGGAUGAAGAUGCACCCAUGGAAAUUGUAGAUGAAGAAGUAGAGAAACCAGAAGGAUGGUUAGAUGACGAGCCAGAGGAAAUAGAUGACCCAGAGGCAACAAAACCAGAAGACUGGGAUGAGGAGGAAGAUGGUGAAUGGGAAGCUCCAAAGAUUGAAAACCCGAGGUGUGAGGAGGCCCCUGGUUGUGGUGAAUGGAAGAGGCCAAUGAAGAGGAAUCCAGCUUAUAAGGGAAAAUGGAGUGCCCCUUACAUUGACAACCCCAGUUACAAGGGCAUAUGGAAGCCUCGGGAGAUUCCAAACCCCGACUACUUUGAACUCGCGAAACCUAAUUUUGAGCCAAUUGCUGCUCUUGGCAUUGAGAUUUGGACAAUGCAGGAUGGCAUACUAUUUGACAACAUGUUGAUUGCUAACGAUGAUAAAAUCGCUGAAUCCUAUCGGGAGACUACGUGGAAGCCCAAGUUUAACAUUGAGAAAGAAAAACAAAAGGAUGAAGAUGCGGCAACAGGUUCAGAUGGUAUUACAGGCUUCCAGAAGAAGGUAUUUGACCUCUUAUACAAGAUUGCGGACAUUCCCUUCCUGAGCGAACACAAAACUAAGAUCUACGAUCUCAUUGAAAAAACUGAGAAACAACCAAAUCUCACUAUUGGAGUUAUUGUAGCGGUUGUGGUUAUCUUGCUGUCAAUUUUCAUCAGGAUCAUAUUUGGUGGCAAGAAACCCGCAAAGGUGGAGAAGAAAACAGAACGCACAGAAGCUUCCAAUGGUGGAGAGAAUGAAGAAAACAAAGAGAAUGAGGAAGCAUCUAAUGCUCCGCGCCGGAGAACAAGACGAGAAAAUUGA